UCCAGAGGUAACUGACGGGACUCUCCGAGCCCCGCGCGCUUGUGGCAACCCUGGAGGAAGUCGAGGCCCCGCGUCAGCCGGAGGAGCAGGAAGACGAUGAGGACGAAGAGGAGCUGCUACCGCACUCCGAGGCCGUGGACGUGUUCCAGGAGGGUCUCGCCAUGGUAGUGCAGGACCCGCUGCUCUGCGAUCUCCCGAUCCAGGUUACGUUGGAAGAGGUCAAUUCCCAGAUAGCACUAGAAUAUGGUCAAGCAAUGACAGUUCGAGUGUGCAAGAUGGAUGGGGAAGUAAUGCCUGUGGUUGUAGUGCAGAACGCUACUGUCCUGGACCUGAAGAAGGCCAUCCAGAGGCAUGUGCAGCUCAGGCAGGAGCGUGAAGGGGGCAUUCAGCACAUCAGCUGGUCUUAUGUGUGGAGGACAUACCAUCUGACCUCUGCAGGAGAGAAGCUAACAGAGRACAGGAAGAAGCUCCGAGAUUAUGGUAUCCGGAAUCGGGAUGAGGUUUCCUUCAUCAAAAAGCUGAGGCAAAAGUGACCCCAGGACAGGGACAGCUCUGUUCACUGAUGGUCAGUCCUUUCCCAGCAGGAUGGAGCCCUCCUUCCAUCCUCUCAUCAGAAAAGAUUUGGGCUCACUGUACUGUCAGCAUGAGCCCUGGGGUUCUCAGGACCAGGACAGAGUAAACCUUUGUUCCUUGCUUUCCUAUGAACUUGGCCUGGGCUCAAAGACCUUAAAACAUGGCAGUUCCCACAGGGCUGUGGGCCUGGCCUUAUGUGCAGAAUAAAUCUGUCUGUUCGCCUCA